AUGGGGGAUUCACAAGAAAAUAACAAAGGAAAGAGUAGAGACAAAGAUAAUUAUGUAUCUUGGACUAUGGAGGAUACCAAUGAGUUGUUGCACCUCUUGGUGGAUGCUAUGAAUAGGGGAUUGCGUGAUGCCAAUGGGUCACUUAGCAAACAAAAUGUAGAACGAAUAAUACUUCCUCAACUCAAUGCAAAAACUAAAUUCCCUAAAACUUAUAGUCAUUAUUUGAGUCGGAUGAAGUGGUUUCGAAACCAGUAUAACAUGAUGUCAACCCUUAUGCGCAACAACUCUGGCUUUGGAUGGGACCCAAUUGGAAAAACUUUCACUGCUCAUGAGGAUGUAUGGAAAGAUUACUUAAAGCUGAGCUAA